UGAUCCAAAAGUUCCAUAUUCCCAACGAACUUCCCAACAGUUUAUAUAAAUGAUUGUGGCUUGAUUUUCAUCAGCUAAGGAAAAAGGCAUCAAAAGAUGAGCUCAAUCUCCACCUCACACCUCCCUUCUCCCUUCAAACCAGUAGAUUUCUCGAUAGAGAAGGAGAUUCCCCCAUCAAAACUUUCGCAAAAAACAGUUUUGAAGCUUUUCGACUCAAAAUCCAUCGCUUCUUUGCAUUAUCUCAGCCAAGUUCAUGGACUUGUGUUGCGUAGUGGCCAUUUCCAAGACCACUAUGUCUCUGGCGCGUUGGUGAAGUGUUAUGCAAGUCCCCAUUUCAGCAAUUUCGACUUUGCUUUGAAGGUAUUCUCCUCAAUCCCAAAUCCCAACGUUUUCAUUUGGAAUAUUGUGAUUAAAGGGUGUUUAGAGAACAACAAACCGUUUGAAGCUAUUUACUUCUAUGGUAGGAUGGUUAUUGAUGCUAGGCCCAAUAAAUUCACAUACCCAACUCUGUUCAAGGCUUGUUCUGUGGCACAAGCUGUUCAAGAAGGGAGGCAAAUUCAUGGCCAUGUGGUGAAACAUGGCAUUUGUAGUGAUAUGCAUAUCAAAAGUGCUGGAAUUCAAAUGUAUGCCUCUUUUGGUGGCUUAGAGGAUGCAAAGAAACUGUUUGAUAGUGGGGAAUCUGAUAUUGUCUGUUGGAAUACAAUGAUUGAUGGGUACUUGAAAUGUGGGGAUCUGGAAGCUGCUAAAGGGUUGUUUGCUCAAAUGCCUAUCAGAAACAUUGGCUCGUGGAAUGUGAUGAUCAAUGGUUUAGCUAAGGGUGGAAAGUUGGGAGAUGCAAGGAAGGUGUUCGAUGAAAUGAGUGAAAGAGAUGAAAUUUCUUGGAGUUCUAUGGUAGAUGGUUACAUAUCAGCAGGUUAUUACAAGGAAGCAUUGGAAAUUUUUCAGCAAAUGCAAAAAGAGGAGAUCAGGCCUGGAAAGUUCAUUUUGUCCAGUGUCCUAGCUGCUUGUUCCAAUAUUGGAGCCAUUGAUCAAGGGAGGUGGGUUCAUGUUUAUCUGAAGAGGAACUCCAUUAAAUUGGAUGCAGUGUUGGGGACUGCCUUAUUGGAUAUGUACGCAAAAUGUGGUAGGCUGGACAUGGCAUGGGAGGUAUUUGAAGAAAUGAAAGAAAGAGAGAUCUUCACUUGGAAUGCUAUGAUUGGUGGGCUUGCUAUGCAUGGAAGAGCAGAGGAUGCACUUGAGCUUUUCUCUAAGAUGCAGAAGGGGAGGCUGAAACCAAAUGGAGUCACACUGGUCAGUGUCCUAACUGCUUGUGCUCAUGCAGGUUUUGUUGACAAAGGCCUGAGAAUUUUCAAAACGAUGAGAGAGUUUUAUGGUGUGGAGCCUGAUAUUGAACAUUAUGGAUGUAUGGUUGAUUUGCUAGGGAGGUCAGGGUUGUUUUCUGAAGCAGAGGAUUUGAUAAGCUCAAUGCCCAUGAAACCCAAUGCAGCUGUUUGGGGAGCACUCUUGGGUGCCUGCAGGAUUCAUGGAAAUUUCGAAUUGGCUGAAAGAGUGGGGAAGAUUUUGCUCGAAUUAGAGCCGCACAACAGUGGCCGGUAUGUGUUACUGUCAAAUAUAUAUGCAAAAGCAGGGAGGUUUGAUGAUGUUGCUAAAAUAAGAAAGAUGAUGAAGGAUAGGGGGAUAAAAACAUUGCCUGGUGUCAGCGUAGUUGAUUUAAAUGGUACAGUUCAUGAAUUCAAAAUGGGCGAUGGAUCACAUCCACAAAUGAAAGAAAUUUAUAGAAAGCUAAAAAUAAUAAAGGAGAGGCUGCAGAUGGCAGGCCAUUCACCAGGUACAUCUCAAGUUUUAUUUGAUAUUGAUGAGGAAGAGAAGGAAACUGCAGCUCGUUACCACAGUGAAAGGCUUGCAAUUGCUUUUGGAUUGAUUAAUACCUUGCCAGGUAAACCCAUACACAUAAUGAAGAAUUUGAGGGUUUGUAAUGAUUGCCAUUCGGCUACCAAGCUCAUUUCUCAAAUUUAUGAUCGAGAAAUAAUUGUGAGGGACCGUGUUCGUUAUCACCAUUUCAGAAAUGGAACUUGUUCAUGUAAAGAUUUUUGGUGAUCUAUGCUCCCCAAAAAGUGUGCAUACGCAAUUAUACUGAGUAAGCAUCUAAAGCAACGGAAUGCUAUAGUUGACAACUAAAAAUGAGAACCUAGUCAAGGUUUUGGAUUAACAUUUUUACAGUCCGUUUAAAGUAUACAAUUCGAAUAUCGAGACCCAGUGCAAUCAAGCUUCGAAAGAUAAGGACUUAUCCAGCCGACGGUUCAAAAUUUAUUCUAACACUCAUUUAUUACAGUGACCGAAGUGCGCAAGUCUCGUUAGAGAUAGGGGGAGAGUACUACACGUGCUCAUAAGUAAAAUAUGGAGUGAGUUCUGUCUAUGAACUUGAGAGAUAGGGACAAAUAACAUGCUUCACCUGCUCCUCUUGUCCUCUAGGCCUCUAUCCCUCCAGUCCAAAGCAAAGAGAAGGUGAAGGCUUUCCAGGUUGCUAAUAACUUUCACUAUUUUGAUCUUCAUUACUGUAACUGUUAAUUGAAGGUUUUGCUGCCUAUGUUGCCAGGACUGAACCAAGCCACAACUAGCUUCCCAUAUUUACUAGAAGCCUUUUCAUUUUCAGGUUGAUCAUUUGGCUUCAGCAACAUAGUUGCACCAUUUCCAAUCCCAACUUUGUAUGAAGUAGAAAGAAGCACCAAUUCAGCCUUCUCAACCUGUACUUCACAAUUAAAUCCUAGAAUGAAGGAAUUACAAUGCCUGUAAUGUCAAUAAAUUUAUGUAUUAAUGAUACGCAAACAUGUUUCUUCACUUCAUCGUACCUUGCUCUUCAGUCUUCACCAUGAGAAAUUCAUACAUGAUGGAAGAUUUUAUUUUACACAACUGAAGCAGUGUAUGGGCGCUUGUGAAUGAAGUUUAUGAAAUCAAUGCAAAAGCUUCUACAUCUAUUAAA